AUGCUCAAGCAGCUCUCUGUUGCCGCCGCCCUCGCGGCUGCUGCCGUCGCGCAGAGCACUCCCAGUCUCGCUGAUGCUCUGAAAUCGUCGUCCGAACUGUCGACUCUCGCGGGUCUCGUUCCUCAAGAUGUUCUCCAGACACUCAGCAGUGCCAGCAACAUUACCAUCCUUGCGCCUGCAAACUCUGCUUUUGAGAAAGUCAGCCCUCAGGUGCUGUCUUCUCUGACUGCUAACCCCGGUGCUCUUACUGCCCUCCUCCAGUACCACGUCCUCAAUGGAUCAUACCCGUCCUCUGCUAUCCCAGACGAGGGCGCUUUCGUUCCUACGCUCCUGACUAACAUGACGUACACCAACGUCACUGGUGGCCAAGUCGUACACGCUACGACUGAUGAUGGCAAGGUUGUCUUCUACACUGGAGACCUAAGCAACUCGACCGUCACCACAGCCAACGUCAACUUCACCGGCGGCGUAAUCCACAUUAUUGACACCGUCCUCACCAUUCCCAGCUCUGUCUCCGACACCGCCACAGCCGCAGGCCUAACUUCUGUCCGUGGCGCCCUCGUCUCCGCCAACCUGGUCGACACCGUCAACACCACUCCCGACGUAACCGUCUUCGCACCCACCAACCAAGCCUUCCAGAACAUUGGUUCUGCCCUUCCCGGCCUCUCCACCGACGACCUAACCAAGAUUCUCACUUACCACGUGAUUGCCGGCACAGUCGGAUACUCGACCCGCCUCGUAAACGGCACCUCCAUCGCCACCGUCAACGGUGCCAACGUCACCAUCACCAUCAACGACGACGGCAUCUUCGUCAACAACGCCGAGGUCGUCAUCGCCAAUGUUCUCGUCGCCAACGGCGUUGUCCACGUCAUCGACCAGGUCCUGAACCCCAACAACAGCACUAUUUCCAACGAAGACGGUGGUGUCCCCGCAUACUCGGGUGCCACUCCUGUCUCCAAUGCUCCUUUUACUUCCGGCCAGCCUACCCCUUCUGCCCCUAUUGGCGGUGGUGCCGGCGCUGGAAACGGUACUCGUCCUACUGGUACUGGCUCGCCUACUAGCUCCUCGGGACUCCCACAGGCUACUGCUAAUGCUGCGCCUGCGCUUGCUGUGUCUGGUGGACUUGCUGCCGUGCUUGCUGCUGCUGCUUUUUUCUUGUAA